CAUUCUUACACACUCACACACUCGCGCGUUCGCGGCUUAUACCCGCCUGUUGUAACGCCUAGUUCCGCAUGGAGAAGUCCUGUUCCGUAACGACACUCGGUCGUCCAAUUCGACACUACCUCGGAUAUCUCCAGUGUGCUGGGUGAUUGCAUGAGCAAGGCGCCGAGCGCCAUGCAGUCGAAUACUACACCAUGAGCCAUCCCCCAAGCACACCAACCCCCCGGAGAUUCCUCCUCGCAAAGCGGGGCCCUCACUCCUCACAGACGCCAACGGGGCCUCCGCGCUUCCAGUCCACGCCGUGGUUCGGCUCCUCGUCUGUACCCAAGCCGACUCAGGGACGUAGUGGGCGCGAUAUUGAGGAUGUGGAAGAGGUAGAAGACCAAAUUGAGGAGAGUCCCGGGGAUGAUGAGAACGAAGAGGGGGAACGGAGGAAGGGUGACGCGCUUAACGAUUCUAUCGAGAUUGAGUCAGAUGGCAUGACAACCUCUCAGGAUGGCAGCGCUGACAUGUCAGGCGGUGACCCAGAGGCCGAACCUCGAGAUUCUAUAGAGCCUGAUUCUCUUGGGCAUUUCGGGGUUUUGGAUGAUAGUUCACCCCUUGAUGAGCGAGAGCCUAAGCGACGAAGAGUAUCCAUCUCGCCAAUGCCGGAUUCGCCUCCACAGUACAAACAAGAUUACGACGUGGAUGGUAACUCAGAAGGCGAAUCAUUUGCUGGUGGUCAUACACCAACAGCCAGCAUCAUGGAGGUCGUUCACGAGGCCAGAACCUUGCACGAUGAGGCAAAGGCCCCUCAGCAACCUACCUUUCACCCGCCGCCACGCUUCAAACCCGCCGAGGUCGAUAUCAUAACCGAGGGGCUCCCAACCGCGUUCUCCCCUCAGCGCCGAGGCGCAAAGUAUCUCGCGGGUGGACUCGCCGCAGACUUGCAGGGCUGGCUCUCCGAUAUCAAGGGUUGGGAAGGAGUAGACCAAGUGGUCGAGGCUGUGGUAAGAGUGACAAUCGAGGAGAUACGCCCUGGUCGGAGAAUGUACUUGGCCAAGGGGCGAGUUGAAGAGGCUACAGGGACGGCUUCAAAGCGGUUUUUGCUCGCCGGUGAGGGAAAGUUAACGGGGCUGGGACGCCGGGCGGUUGUGGGCGUGGGGAGUGUGGUUGUCGUGGGACAGCCAGUGUGGGAUGUGGAAUUAGACGGCGAGGUGUGGACAGUGUCGUGUGACUGGAGCGUAUCUUGACCAGCGUGUUUUUAUAUCGAUACAAAUAAUGCUAAAUGAGCCUCCGGAGCAAGUGUCA